UCAAGUUUUGACACGUUUUUGAUUCGAAUUUCGAUUCACGUCGCGUUUCGUCGCCUUGAGUAAUCUCACCCUCACCGACGCCGGCGACGCCUCGAGAAUUAUUGAUAUUUUUACAGUUUCUACCAAAUCGUACUUUCUGACAGCUGUGUCCCAAAAGAUGAUGCAUGUAUGAAGAAUCUACUUUUACGAGUUUAUGUCAUAUUUCUGAUCCUGAUUACUACGCACAAUGUUAACGUGCAGGUGCGCGUCAGGCGCUUCGACAACGAGCGCCAAAUCCGGAAGUUUCUCUGCACUGAAUAUGAAGCGCACGGAACGGAAAUGUGUCACAAACAGGCACUCGCCGAAUGGGAACACUCGAUUGAUAUGACUAAUACUACCAAAGCAGAAAUAUCAAUGAACGCGUCGAUUACAGUAGCGCAAUUCAAUCAGGAAGUAUACGAAAUUUACUUUAAAGAUAUUGUAUGUCAAGACUUAGAAAAUCACGAUAUCGCUAGACAAAUUAAGAAAGCGUCGAAUAUUGGUUAUGCUGCGUUACGGCCGGAAUUACUGGAAGAAUUGACGAAAAUUUUGAGUGAAAUGCAAGAGAUUUACAGCUCUGCUAAAAUAUGUCCGUAUAAAACACCAAAAUGUAAUUUAAGUACACAAGGAAUACCAUUAACACCAGAUAUCGAAAAUAUAAUGGGUGAUUCAAUGGACUAUGAUGAAUUAUUAUACACCUGGAUAGCAUGGCAUGACGCAACAGGAGUAAAAAUAAGAAAACCCUUUGAAUUCUACGUGGUCCUAGCAAAUGAAGCUGCAAUAGCCAACAAUUUCUCUGAUCGUGGUGAAAUGUGGCGUAAUGAAUUCGAAACAGACAACUUAGAAGACCUCGUAGAUUCCCUCUGGAAACAGGUAGAACCCCUAUACCUUGACCUCCACAGCUUCGUCCGACAUCGCCUCCGAGAAGUAUACCACAAAGAACUAGACCAAGAAGAUGACGGACUUAUCCCCGCCCAUAUCCUGGGCAACAUGUGGGCUCAAAACUGGCUAAACAUCAAAGACCUCGUCAUACCCUAUCCAAACGACACCCUAGUAGACAUCACAGAAAUAUUCCAACAGAAGAACAUCACCGUUGCAAAAAUGUUCGAAAUGGCUAAUGAUUUCUACAAAUCCAUGGGUCUUCUCUCAAUGGAAGACUCCUUUGACCCUAAAAAGGGUGCUAUGAUAGAAAAACCACCAGGAAACAAGGUAGUUACAUGUCAUGCAUCAGCUUGGGAUUUUUGCACGGGUUCUGACUUCCGGAUCAAAAUGUGUGCGCAUAAUACCUUUGAAGACUUCAUCACAAUCCACCAUGAAUUAGGGCAUAUACAAUAUUUCAUGUGGUAUAAACACCAACCACUUUUAUAUCGAGAUGGAGCAAGUCCUAGUUUUCAUGAAGCUAUUGGGGAUAUGUUGGCGUUGUCAGUGAUCAACCCACAACACUUUCAAAGACUGAAUUUGAUUCCGGCAGGGAGGAUAGAUAAACAUCACACGGUCAACAUGUUGAUGAAUAUGGCGCUUGUAAAAGUUGCAUUUUUACCGUUUGGGUAUCUAUUGGAUAAGUGGCGAUGGGAUAUAUUUGGUGAGAAAAUUGAUCCGGAAAAGUGGAAUGAGCAUUUUUGGGGUUAUCGGAUGAAAUAUCAACGGAUCAAGGCGCCUAUUGUUAGGAUACAUGAGGAUUUUGAUCCUGGGGGGAAGUAUCAUGUUAGUGCUGAUUCACAAUAUAUCUCAUAUUUCCUGGCCCAUAUUAUGCAAUUUCAAAUUCACAAAGCUCUCUGCCACUUAAAAUCAGUUGAUUCAAUAGAAGAACCUGAUGAUCCACUUUAUGAAUGUGACCUUCAAGGUAACCGCCUGGCUGGUAUGAAAUUAAAACACGCUAUGAAAAUGGGCGCUAGUCGCCACUGGUCCUACGUCCUAAAAGACUUAACCGGCCAAACACGCAUUUCAGCAUCCGCCAUGUUGGAAUAUUUUGAACCCCUUAGCAAAUUCUUAGAAAAAGCAAACAAGGCAUACGCAUCCAACAAAAUAGACGCAUAAACAUAAAUAUAUACAAUACUAUUAAUUAUUUUAAUAAAAAUAUAAAAUAUUUUU